AUGGAGACAUCUAGAGACUGCAGCACCCCAUAUGUCAAAGUGACCCCUAGGUAUCGAACACACCUGCAGAAUUCAGAGCCAGAAGUGGGUAAAAGACGCUUAUCUCAGGCACGCCACAGAGCUACCCUGACAGGACUCUUCAACAACCUACGAGAAACUGUAUAUUCUCAACAAGAAAAUUCUGCAUCCAAGUGUCAGAUUUUAUGUAAGGCUAAGAGUUAUAUCCAAGAACUGGAGCAAACCUUGGAAAACCUACUGAAGAUGAAAGAGGUUUUAAGUCUGGAGGAUGGCACUCCAUCAAGCCUGGAGGGAGUGAAGGAGGAGUAUGUCAAGAUGUACUUCAGUAAUCACAGUGCAGUACCCACUUCAGAUGCCGUGAGUCAGAAUGGCACCACAGUGUGGUAUGUGAUUCAAGAACAGGAGAAGAACCCAGUAGAGGAGGAUGUAACUCUAAGGCUUACACAGUCACCAGCAACCUCUUCUCCCGAUCUCAUGGAGUUUGAACGAUACUUGUAUUUUUACAAACAGACAGUAGACCUCCUGGUAGAUAAUGGGGUUGUGAGCCCUGAAGAGGUUACGCUCCCUGUGGUCUCCACAGCUGUUUCCCACCUGUGGCAGGGCCUCCCUGAAGAAAGGAGAGACAGUGUCCUGGAGUAUUGUAGUCAGAGACAGAAUUUCAUCUCUGGGGUAAAGACAGCUUCCCAAGAACCUGCCUGUACUGAGGGCAGUGUGAGGGACAGCGGAACUAAUAGUCAGGAAGCCAGCAGUUCGGUAGUAUCCACACCAGAGGAGAUCCUCUUUGAAGAUGCGUUUGAUGUGGCGACUAGCUUCCUUGAUAGAAACGAAGCCCAAGAAAUGUCCAGUCAAAGCUCAGCAUUCACAGGCUGUGCUUCAGAAAGUCAAGAGGAUAACCAUCACCUCUAUCUGCAGAUCAUCAGCUUCUUGAAAAGCCAGUUUUUUGCUAGCAAGCAAUUGCCAGAGGAAGAGGUUCUUCAGCUAGAUUACGAGACUGUGAUGCUGAGAUGCACGGAGACAUUUGAUGAUGAAGAUCUCUAA